AUUAGUUAUCCAUUAAGCUCCGUUAUGGCGAGCAAAGUUCCUCCGCAGCUGAUUUCUUCAUGGACAAGAUAUUUUCACAAGCGUCACAGAACCAAGUAAAUAACGAUGGGCUUUGACGUGUGCUGGAGGAAGAUUGGAUUGUUGAUUGUCAUUUUGGCAGUUUUAAAGGUGCAGACUGCUCCAGCAACAACAGAUGAUAAUGCAGAUGAUGGUGAGCUCAGGGUUGAUAUCCCAGACAUCAAUAAAGACUUGAGGCAUCUUUUUGAGGGAGACAUUGCUGGUGGUGAUUCCACCAGAAAUGCAAUCCUUGAUGAAACAAGGAGAUGGAAGUUCCCCAUACCUUACAUUUUAACAGAUUCAUUAGAGUUGAAUGCUAAAGGGGUAAUACUCCAGGCUUUUGAGGAAUACCGUUUAAGAUCUUGUGUGGACUUCAAACCUUAUGAAGGAGAAGCAAGCUACAUCUCUUUUACAAAGCUCUCUGGAUGCUGGUCGUUUGUUGGAGAUGAUAAAUAUGGACAAAAUGUGUCGAUUGGGGCACGAUGUGACACUAAGGCCAUUGUAGAGCAUGAGCUCCUGCACGCUCUUGGCUUUUACCAUGAACAGUCACGUUCCGACAGAGACGACUAUGUCAACAUAUGGUGGGACCAAAUUGAAGAAGGAAUGGAGCACAAUUUCAACAAGUAUGACGAUGACUUCAUCACUGAUCUGAACACCCCAUAUGAUUAUGAGUCCAUCAUGCACUACAGGCCGCUUUCCUUCAACAAGAAUGAGAGUAUCCCGACAAUCACUACCACCAUUCCGUUUUUUAAUGAUGUUAUCGGACAACGACUGGAUUUUAGUGCUGUGGAUAUCACGAGGCUCAACCACAUGUACAGCUGUGCAAAUACACACACACUUCUGGACCAAUGUUCUUUCGAACUGAACAACAUCUGUGGAAUGAUCCAGAAUGAGAAUGACAAUACAGACUGGGUCCAGACGCUGAGUACUCCUGCUGACCCAGAUCAGACGCUUGCAGGACGAUGCAAGGAUUCUGGCUACUUCAUGAAGUUUGACACUUCUACUGGUAAUGCUACAAACAGUGCCUUAUUGGAGUCUCGCAUUCUUUAUCCCAAGAGACAUGAGCAGUGCUUGCAGUUCUUCUAUAAGAUGAGCGGAGUAGCAGGGGACAAAUUAGUGAUUUGGGUCCGGAUGGACGAUGGAACUGGGACUGUUCGUAGUGUCAGGAAGAUCCACACCAUCACAGGUGACGGAAAUGAUGCCUGGAAAAUAAGCCAUGUAACACUCAAGAUGUCACAAAAAUUCCGCUAUAUCUUCCAAGGAAUCAGAGGAUCAAAAAGCUCGUCUGGUGCCAUCUCUCUCGAUGAUAUCACUCUUAGUGAGACUGUUUGCCCCAAUGCCAUCUGGCAAAUCCACAACUUUACUGGACUUCUUUCCAGCACCCCACCUGGCAGUCCAGUAAAAAGUCCAUGCUUUUACAACAAUGAAGGCUACUCGUUUGGGAUAAGCAUUUACCCAAAUGGAAAAGACAAUGUCUACCAAGAAUACGUGGGUUUGUUUUUCUACCUUUGCAGUGGUGAAAACGACGUAGUGAUGCAGUGGCCGGCCCAGAAUCGACAAGUUACAUUUGUCGUCAUGGACCAAGAUCCUGAUGUUAAAAUGAGGAUGUCCUCGACAAGGAGUUUUACCACUGAUGUUGAUGAGCGCUGGAGCAAACCAACAGCUACGUCUGGUGCAGUGUGGAAUGCUGAUUGCAACUGUUACCAGGGUGGAGAAAGAGGCUGGAGAACUUUUAUUUCUCACAAGCAAAUCCACAAAAGGAGCUUCAUCAAAAACAAUGACCUCAUCAUUUUUGCUGAUUUUAAUGAUCUGACACAUUUAAUCAAGACUGAAGUGCCUGUCAAACCUCUCCCACUAAACAAAGAUGCUAAGAAUCCAGCAGAAAUGAAUUUGGGGGCUUCCAAAUCUGCUUACCCAGACCCUUGUCGUCCCAACCCUUGUUUGAAUGGUGGUGUGUGUGUGGAGAGAGAUGGAACAGCUUCCUGCAGGUGUGCUUCAAGUCAGACCUCUCUCUACAGUGGUAUGAGGUGUGAAAAUGUGAAUAUAGGCAGACGCAUUCUGCAAGCGUCUGACACUGAGCGUGAACUCCACGUGCCGAUGAUCAAAAAGGUGCCCUCCCAUUCACCAGCAUCAACGCCAAGUCUGUUUGUUGUCUCAACUGUUUGGAUAGCAAAUGUCUUCCUGAUGUAGACCACCAGUCCAAUUUCAGAUCAAUAUAUCGUGUUCAAAGAAGA